CAAAGUGCGUACUUCUUUAUAUACGUAUAUAGAAUCGUGUGACAUUUGAGUCGUAGGGCUCCAGGCUAGGCGUUACGUUUGCUGUCACGGUAUUUGCUCAUUUUUUUGAUGAACAUAAAGAACACACAAGCCUAGAGCAAUUUGGUUAAGCACACGAUCGCGCAUUAGAUUCUCUAUAGCAUUUUGACUUUUGUUUUUGGCAUUUGGCAACCUAUAUGUAUUUGUAAUUGGAAUUGUGCCGCAUUGGUAGCAAUGUCAACGGCGCUGGCAACGGCAGCAAGUGCAACUAGCACGGCGACCACAACAACACAAACAGCAGCAACAACAACAACAACGCCCGCCGAAGAGGAACAGCAACAGCAGACGCCACCAACAGUAACAGCAACAGUAGCGGCAGCAACCAUGUUGCUAGAACCUUUAGCAUUGCCACAGCACAUGGAGCAAUCCACAUCGAUGGAGCAGCUGGCCGAGUUGGUUGACAGCGAGGAAAACAAUGUAAGCAGCAACCUUAAUGCUAAACUGCCAGCUGAAAUGUCAACACAGCCUUCGCAGCAGCCUUCACAGCAGCAACAGCAGCAGCAACAGGAACAAGAGCAGCAGGAACUCGACUCGGAUGACGGCAUCGAGUAUCUCGAUCCCAAUGAGUUUCCGCUGCCGGGCACACGACGCCACAAGAAGAAACUGGUGCACAAGACGAUCACCCAAACGUAUCCACGUCCGCCCGGUGGCUACAAGUACUCGAUGGGUUUCCUCUACAGCAUCGGCAGCCACAUGGCUGGCAUCACGCUCGACAUACCGACGCCCACAUCGAUAAUGCCGCGCAUGUUGCGCACGUUGCCGCCACCGCCGCCGCCUCCAUCGCAGUUGCCGCUAAUGCCAUCGGGCGUGGCGAAUGUGGUACGUUCGGGCGUUCAAUCGCCAGGUAAUGCUAAUCAAACACAUCGUUUCGGGGGCGCUGCUGUGGCCGCUGCGGCAGCAGCAGCAGCAGCGGCGGCAGCUGCAGCCGCCGCAGCGGCAGCAACGGGCAAUGCGAAUCUAUCGCCGCAGCAAUUCCUCUGUCCGGCGGGCUACGGCAGCAGCACGCAGCGACGUCUGUGGCAUGCCGAGAAUGCGGUCUGGCAAUUCGACCGCAACUAUCCGUACAACCAAGGCUAUGCCUCAUCCUAUGGCAUACCGAUGGUGCCGCUGGGCUUUGAGCAGCAUCCGUAUGGCGCACAGCGUUUCAUGUACUCCAGCUACUACAAUCAGGCAGUGCCACGCGGGGGUGGAGGAGGAGGAGGUGCAAGUGGAGGCGGUGCCAGCUAUCGUCAUGUGGCGCCUAAUUUGCCAGUCGUAGCCGAGCAGCAGCAGCAACAACAGUCGCCGAAUGCCGAGCAGCAUCCACAUCCGGAGGCCUUCGCUGACUACGCGAAUUUGGAUCCGCGUUUUGCACGCGGCGCCACUGCAGCUCAAGUCAGGGAACGCUUUGGACCCGCACGCCAUGCAAAUGCAGCGAUGACGUUUCCCCGCGAAACCAAAACGUUCUACAACAGCAGCACAGGGAAUGUGACUGUUGGUGCACCGGGCACAAGGAUACGCCAUCCAUUCGAUCCACGCAGCGGACUGCAGCGUGGCAAUCCCAAUGUGCCCCAAACUGUGGCACUCGAACAGCUGAACAUGAAUAUGCAACGACGUGGCAGCAAUCAGCCAAGUGGCAGCGCCGCGCAAUCAACUUCAGCUGGAAGGCAUUUGAAGCGCUCCAAGAGUCAACUGGUGAACACGAAUAGUUCCAACUCCUCCGGUUCGGAAUCUCUGAACUCUGCCAAAGUGGAGCAGCCAGAGAACAACAACAAUGUGACGCCCAUUUAUCACAAUCCGCAGCGUAGCUAUCGCAAUCGUCAGCGGUAUGCAGCUGCCAGCCAGCAACAGUUGCAGCAGCAGCAACAACAGCAACACAUGGGCAACUAUCAGCCAGGAGUGCGUCGCUUGAGCAAGGCGCAAGAGUUGCGACAACAGCAACACUCACGUUGCUACAACUCCACGCAGCUGGAGCAUGUGGAUUAUGCCACCAAUGGAACGUUGUAUGAGACGGAACUAUCCGAGCAGGAUGCUUUGGUCUUGGCAGCUGCAGCAAGCAGCGGCACCUCGGAUGCGGAUCUGCCGCAAGAUUCGGACUUUGUGGCUGGCGCUGUGGGCAUCUCAACAUCAGUAACAGCAGGUGACUAUUCCUCCGAGGCCGAUCCACAUGGACAUUCGCAGCACACGGGCUCCAUUUCGGGUGACUUUGAUGGUUUGUCCUAUGUCAGCUUGGCGCCCAGUUCGCCCAGCGACAGCGCAGAGAGCGAGCAGAGCGAUGCUUCGUUGGAGUCGAUGGUUUCGAAGAUUACAAUGAGCUGUGUGGCAAUGGCAACAAGUGCGCAGCUGCCGGACUUGAAGGGUCCAAAUCUUGUGCCUUUUGGAGAUAUGCAUUACCUGAAGGAAGCGGAACGUAAAUCUAGUCAAGGACUGAAGAAUGGCUUGAAGUGCACAUCGCACUGUUGUGGCGAUAUGCUGGGAGAGUUGAAGCCCCAACACGCAGAAGGCGAAGAGAAUGAAGCUGCCGCUUUGGCCAGCAGAGGUGGCAUUAUUAAGGUAACAGAUAAUGGCUCAAAGCGUGCCACAACUUUACCACAUCUAAACUUCCUCUGGCAGGAGGAAUUCCUCGAUGACAAUCAACCGCUUUCGCUGCAGAAUCGUUAUUUGCAUGAGUUCUUUGGCUACACGCCAGCGGAUCGCUUUCUCACUCGAGCCAAGCUAGUGGAGAUGAAGCGUCCGCCCAUCUCGGUGGCCAGUCGCAGCAAAUGGGAUUCUCUAACGCAAUCGAUUUGGCAGAAAUUUCUCGCUGCCCAGCAGACGAAACAAAUCUACAAGACAAAGAUGCGUCUCUGGCGUUUCAUUUAUAAGGUGACGAUGGCUGUGUAUCCACGCUAUGGUCUCUACUUGGUGGGUUCGUCCAUCUCGUACUUUGGUUCCAAGUGCUCGGACAUGGACAUUUGCAUGUUGGCCUGCACGAAUCCGAACAUUGAUCCACGCAUGGAGGCCGUCUAUCAUUUGCAGUUGAUGCGUGAAAUGUUGAAUGCCACCGAACAGUUUCAGGAAUUCAAUUUGAUCGAGGCUCGUGUGCCCAUCUUACGCUUCACAGAUCGUCGCCAUCGUGUCGAGGUCGAUAUCAAUUUCAACAAUUCGGUGGGAAUACGCAACACUCACUUGUUGUAUUGUUAUUCGCAGCUGGAGUGGCGAUUGCGUCCCAUGGCUUUGACUAUCAAACAGUGGGCUCAGCAUCAUAACAUCAACAAUGCCAAGAAUAUGACAAUUUCCAGCUACUCUUUGAUGUUGAUGGUUAUACACUUUCUUCAAGCAGGUGUCAAUCCUCCCGUGUUGCCGUGUCUGCAUAAAAUGUACCCGGAAAAGUUUAGCAUACUGCAGCCCACGGAUUUUGGAUAUGUGGACAUGAAUGAGAUAAUGCCGCCAUAUCAAUCGGAGAACACACAAUCGCUGGGUGAGCUGUUGCUCAAUUUUCUGCAUUAUUACAGCAUCUUUGAGUAUGGUAAGUUUGCCAUCUCGAUACGUGUGGGCGGCGUGUUGCCCGUGGAAACUUGUCGCGCCUCGAAGGCGGUGAAGAAUGAUAUCCAUCAGUGGAACGAACUGUGCAUCGAGGAGCCCUUCGAUCUCACCAAUACAGCGCGUUCGGUUUACGAUCCCGAGACCUUCGAUCGCAUACGUUCGAUCUUUAUGACCUCGUAUCGUCGCCUGGAGUCAACGCGCAAUUUGCAUUCGAUUUUCGAGGGUUACGAAGGACCCGCCAUACAGACAAUGCAGCUGACUGAGAACUCGGACUUAGAGCUAGGCGGUGGCAAGGCGGCGAGUGGCGCCUCCUCGAAGUCAGAGAGUGCACAGCCAUCGCCUAGGCGUAUGGUGGACAAGGCCACGACGGCCAUUUGGAGUGAUAUCAAUCAGAAGGUGGAGGUGAUUGCCGAGGAGGAACAGCAGCAGCAAGAGUUGCAGUUGCAGUUGGCCAAGAGCAAGAGUUCGCGUCUCAACAAAUAAACCAAUUGCAAACACUCAACAGUCAAAAAAAAAGAGAAAAGGAAAGCAGCAGACACAAUCAUCAGCUUUGUUGUAGUUUAGAUCAGAAGAAUUUAGCAAUAGUUUUAUCAGAGAAACAUUCAAAAAAGAUAGACGAAAAAGCUGGAAAGGUAGAGAAAGAAAAAAAAAACAUUUAGACAGAUAGAAUUUAGAUGCAGUAUUUUUAGUUUUAGUUUA